CUCGCCAGCUAAGCUAGCUACAGCUAGCAUGUUGAGGCUAACAGUUUCAGCUGACGACAGCAAACACCGCUACGACAUGUCGUGUUCCGUUCUCCAUGGAAACAACCGGAGCGAUCACCUUUCGCGACCUACCAUGUUUUCUGGGGGAGGAGGCACGGAUGAAAUCUCCCUGGGUUUGAGGACAGAUACGUCAGGUUGCUUCUUGCACUCCGGAUCACGAAUCUGCAAUAGUGUUAGAGGGGGGCUUCGACGAAAAAGCAAGAAGAAACAGGGAUCUCCACAAACUCGACUCAGGAAACAUCUAAUUGUAAGACAGACACAGAGGAUCAUGGCAUUUGCUGGGAUGCUGAGCGAAGAGAACAUCAAAGCUGCUGUCCAGGCGUGUCAAGCUCCAGGCACCUUUGACUUCAGGUCGUUCUUUGCACAAGUGGGACUGAUUGACUCGUCUGAGGCCGACAGGAGGAAGGUGUUCGCGGUCCUGGACCGAGACAAGAGCGGCUACAUCGAGGAAGAGGAGCUCAAACUGUUUCUUCAGAAUUUCUUUCCGGGUGCUCGGGAGCUGACCGGACCUGAGACAAAGGCUCUGAUUACUGCAGGAGAUAAAGAUUGCGAUGGAAAAAUCGGCAUGGAUGAGUUCUGUGAUCUCCUGGAAUAGGAUGAAAGCCCAUAAAAGCAUCACUGCCACGCCCCUUUGAAGCAUCUUCUACUUUUAAUUUCUCCUGGUUUUCCAGAUAAACGAAUGCUACAAAAUGAAUGAAUAAAAACCUGCCUGCUGCGCUC